GAUGUCAAAAACGCUCACGCAUGAGGUCAAUCAGCCCACUCAGCCCCGUUAGUAGCCAAUUGCAGCCAUCAAUCUGAUCUUAUCAAUCUCGGCCUCAGUCACCUGCUAAACGCCAUUCGAUAAUCACUUGACCCCCGAGCAGGGGAUCUUCCCCUUCCCCUUGCGUCUUACAUCACACUUUCUACAGAGUAGUUCCCUCUUCUUUUGAGCUCGUUUAUCAAAGGCUUUCCUCGGGUAAAGUCUGGUUGACAGGAUACUUGGAUACGUCCUUGCAACGCAUGACCAAGGGGGCCCGUCUAUAAAGAACGCCCGCGUCGCCUGCUACCAGCGUCAACUGCUGCCUGACUGAUUGACUCGUGGUGACACAAAAAAAUCAUCAUUGCUUCUUUCAUUUGCAGAAUCGGUAACCAUGAAGUUCCUCGGUGUCAUUGGUGGUCUCUCCGGCUGUGCCGCCGCCCUCGAGCUCACCGCUCCACUCUUCGGUGACGGCUCCGGUGAGAGGCGAAUCCCAUCGAGCUACGAGUCGGCAGUCAUGGGCCGCCGAGUUUUGGCCCUCUCGAAGCUCGGCACUCUGUCCACCGUGUUCCCCCAAUCGUCGUCGUCUUCUAGCGAGGCCGACGCGGCGGAGAGACGACCGGACGGGCUCGAUGGCAUUCCAAUCGGCCUACAGGAUUAUUACGGAGAUUGCGAGGAUGAAGGCAACCCUACGCUCCUGGCCAUCAAGAUCGCUACCAGCUUCAAGAACGUCCGUGCCGGGUCCAACCUCACUCUAGCCGUGGAGUGGAAACCGCCGUACCCGCCGGCCAAGCGCAUCCCGCUCCUGUCUCGUCUGUCUGCAUACGUGCCGUACUUUGGCAACAAGGAAUACAACGAAGCCUCGACUCUAGCCGAGUCGGACGUUUCAUCUUCCUCCUCGCUUCCAGACACGGUGCCCUACUCUGCUGCCAACCUGCCCAGGUUCUCGCUCAUCGGCUAUCUGGAACCGAUCAACCCGGACAUUAAGGAGGCCGUUCGGCUUGCUUCGUGUUACACCACCAAGCAUAGCGAUGCCAAGUACUGGCUGCCUGGCAACCCCAUCCAUGCCAGCGAGUGGGCAAGGCUGGUUGUUACGCAGGUGUACUGGAUUGGCGGCUUCGGCGAUCGUGCAUACAUUGGAUGGAUCCCCAUUGACGAGUGGAAGAAGGUCACCAAGGAGGAGUGGCAGAGCAUCCAGCUGCCUGGCGAGAAGAAAGGCUGGAGCGAGUGGAGCAUUAACGAGGCCGAUGCUGGUGAGCUCUGAUGAAUGCGCGACUCGAGUUUCGAGACGCUCUGACUUGUACAAUGUGACGGACCAUGUGUUUGUAUGAUGCUAGCAGUAGUACCAAGUAGUACCGGUAACAUUAGUUUUUUCUCUUCCGGAUUGAUGUUUCAUCUUCCGUUUGCCUCACCAUUCGCGCGCUUGUAACUGACACUGUCAGAAUUCGUACUACGGCCACGACUUACAGCUUCGAGUACAUGUAAUCAAAGGGGGCCUCGUCCCACUGAUAACGCUUUUGCCCGU